AUGAAAUCUCCUCUCAGAGUUCUUCUCAUCCUCACCGGACUCACAGGAAUUCUAAGCAUAACUACAGUCAGUAAAGUGUCAGUGAAGACUGGAGAUUCAAUCUCCAUCCCAUGUCUCUAUGGCUCAACAAAUGUAAACCGAGUGAAAUACUUGUGUAAAGGAGAUUAUUGGUCCUCCUGCAAUUAUGCAGUUAAAACAAACCAAAAAAAUUCAAGAAAGUUUUCCAUCUCUGAUGAUAAAAUCCAAAGAAUCUUCACUGUGACUGUAAAGGACCUGAUGGAUAAAGACACUGGUUAUUACUGGUGUGCUGUGGAGAUUAAUCAAGGGUCAGAUGUCAAAGAGUAUUUUCACCUGUCAGUCACCAAAGGUACACCCAAGCUCUACACGGAUCUUCAGAAUAAAACAGGAUUUGAAAGAGAUAAUUUAACCAUCAAUUGCAACUAUAGUAACCAUGGUGAAAUCAGGUGGUGCAAGCUGGGCCGCUCCUGUGUGACGCCUGGAUCUUCUGGAUCAAUAGAUGGAACAGCAGUUACCAUCAAUGCAAGUGUCCCCAAUGUUUUCACCGUGACGAUGAGCGGACUGAAGAAAGAGAGCAGCGGCUGGUAUCAGUGUGUUAAAGGAGACUUACAGAUGCCGGUGCAUGUGACUGUCAAUGAGCCACCUACCACAAAGCAGACCAAAUCCGCAUCAUCAGCCAUGACGGCAGAAGAGGAAGUAACAUACAGUAAUGUUGAUCACACCAGGAACACUUCAAACCAGAGGUCAAAUCCUGAGAGAGAUGCGGACGUGACGUAUAGUUCUGUGGUUACCAUAAGGAAGAAAAGUAUCCAAAGGGUUGAAGCAAAAGACGAGAAUGUUACGUACAGCACAUUGGCUUAGCACACGUUACCCCUCUUUGCCUAAUUUAUCAUCUCAAAUUAAUUUUGCAAAUGUAUUUUACUUAUCCAUGUGUCAAAUUGCAAUAAAACAUGAAUAAUCGUCUUAUUUCACUCAUGUAAACGAAAAAUGUAUGUAAAAUAUGGUAUGACAAUACAUUUUUUUCUUUUCUUUUGUUUAUACAGAAUCCUCCAUCAAUUUGUAAAAGUGGCAUGUCUGAUUACUUAACACACACAUAACACCUCACACCUACAUUCUUUGUCCAAAACCAAUUUUGGUUAGUUGAAUCCAGCAAUAAUAUUAUUUUAUUUUAAAUGCUGUUGUAUUAUUUAAAUACCAAUCGCUUCCUAAUUGCUGCCCUGGCAUUACUGCCAGGUUUGCCACCAGCCCAAAGCCUUUUACAACCCAACUGUAAAAAACAUUGGAAGUGUUCAAAUAGCCCUGUACUGCCACCUUCAGUUUGUUGACAUAUAACUACUUUCACGACUGAAUGUACACAUGAACAUUGAACUUUUAAACCCUCUGUUUUUUUUGUUGCUUUUCGUUUCCAUUUAGUUGAUUCCGUUUUCGGGUUGCAGUAUUAUGCAUGUUAGUUCACACUGUCAUAGCUCUCUGGGGCACCUGAAUCUAAUGGCGCCAUUGUUAAUGUUUAUAGGAAGACCUGUGCUUUUCAAGUCAAAAUGUCUGCUGUGAAUUAUUUGACAAAUUAAUCAAUUUUAGGGCUCAUAACCUGGCAACUGCCCCAUUGUUCCUAAUCAACAUGGUGCAGACUGAGUGCAAACCAGAUUAAAAUAUGGGUGUGUGGUUUGGACGAAAUUUAUUUGCAGGACAUGUUGAGUCAGAGGAAGUAGCUUUUUUUGAAAACCACGUACAUUUCUUGAUCAACGGACGCCACCUGUACUUCUUUUUUUACCCCUCUACGAAACAAAGUCUAUAAUUUAUCAGUCAUCACCAGUGCCUCCACUGUUCCCAAAUGAAGGUUGAAGAUAUUAUGGAGAAUAUACGCUCACUAGACAGUAAAUCGACGGACAACUUACUGUGUACAAUGCAUACUAAUAAUAAAAUGAACAAAAUAU